AAUUGAUUGUUUAUACUUCUUCUGCUUAACUGCACCACCACCACACAACGAACUGCAACAUCCUACUCACAACCACCCUCUCUCCCUUCCCGUCGCAAUCACUCUUCUACUACUCGCGCCUCUGUCUUUGAUCUCCUCAUUCUUCCAGCCUCUUGCCGCGUUCGUCUCUUCAACGUUUACAUUCUGUCUCCGCCUGUCGUCCGGACGAUCUCUACAAGUCGCAACUGCAGACUCUCGGCGCAGCAACAAAGUUGACUACUGCAUGAGGACGGUGAUAUUGCCAUCGCCCAUUUCCGCGCCGAUCGGAGAAGAAACCGGGCGCCAAAAGAUCCAUCUCCCGGCUUGCCUUCUUCUCUCGCUCCAAGAUGGCUGACCAGGAGGAAGACUUCUCCCAGCUCCCUCUCCCCGACCGAUUCGCGCAUAAAAACUGGAAAGUCCGCAAGGAGGGGUACGAAGCCGCCGCGAAACAGUUUGAAUUGACACCAGAUGAGUCGGAUCCCGCGUUUAGGCCGUUCUUGCAAGAUCCAGGUCUCUGGAAAGCGGCGGCCGCAGACUCAAAUGUCGCAGCCCAGCAGGAAGGGUUGGCUGCGUUGUGCGCAUUUCUCAAGUACGGAGGCCAACAAGCAGCGGCCAAGUCUCGCAACUACACCCUGCAACCGAUCUACGAGAAGGGCUUGGUGUCCAGCAAACCGCAGGCUAAAGCAAGCGCCCUAGAGGCUCUGUUGCUGUACGUCGAGUUGGAUAAACCCGACCCAGUCAUUGAGGAGUUGUUGCCUGCGCUAUCGCACAAGCAACCCAAGGUGAUUGCGGCUACUCUCAACGCGGUUACGGCCAUCUUUCACAACUACGGAAUCAAGGUUGUCGAUCCGAAACCGGUGAUCAAACUCCUUCCCAAGGUAUUCGGGCAUGCCGACAAGAAUGUACGAGCGGAGGCGCAAAAUCUCACGGUGGAAUUGUACCGGUGGUUGAAAGAUGCGAUGAAGCCGCUGUUCUGGGGCGAACUGAAACCAGUGCAGCAACAGGACCUCGAGAAACUGUUUGAGAAAGUGAGAGAAGAGCCUCCUCCGAAGCAAGAACGUCUCACGAGAGCGCAACAAGCCGCCGCUGCGAGCGCAGCUCCAACUUCGGGCGGCGGACAAGCCGAAGAGGGCGACGUGGCGGACGCAGAAGAAGACAAUGCCGAGCCGGAGGCAUUGGAUCCUUUCGACUUCGCUGAGCCAGUUGACGUCUAUUCCAAGAUUCCAGCAGACUUCUACGAGAUGGUUGGUUCAACAAAGUGGAAGGAGCGAAAAGAUGCGCUUGACAAUCUCUUCAACAUCGUGAACACGAUGAAGAUCAAAGAAGCCCCCUUUGACGACCUGAUCCGAGCACUGGCUAAGUGUAUGAAAGAUGCCAACAUCGCAGUAGUGACAGUGGCCGCCAACUGCGUCGAAAAGCUGGCCCUGGGCCUGAGGAAAUCUUUUGCCAGAUACCGAUCCACAAUCAUGUCCCCAAUGCUGGAACGACUCAAAGAGAAAAAGCAAUCUGUGGCGGAAGCACUGGGAGCAGCACUGGAUGCGGUUUUCAGCGUGACUUCUCUUACAGAUUGUCUCGAAGAGACGCUGGGGUUCUUGUCCAACAAAAAUCCAAACGUCAAGGCCGAGACGAUCAAGUUCCUAGUGAGAUGUUUACGCAACACCCCGGACGUACCCUCGAAGGCUGAACAGAAGCUCAUUGCUGAUGCUGCCAUUAAAUUGUUGACGGAAUCUACCGAAGCCAUCAGAGCAGGUGGCGCAGAGAUAUUGGGCACUUUGAUGAAGAUCAUUGGUGAACGCGCCAUGAAUCCGUACCUGGACGGCUUGGACGACAUCCGCAAAGCGAAGAUCAAGGACUUCCACGAAACAGCAGAGGUCAAGGCCAAGGAGAAGCCCAAGGCAGCUCCGCCUCCUGCGAAACCAGCCUCUGCCGUUGGAAAGAAAGUCGUUGCUGGUCCUAAAAAGACGGUGACCAAAAAGCCCACGCCGGCUGUUCAUGCCGAAGAUGCAGCACCGCUUCAACCAAAACCAACCGCAAAAGCCCUACCGAAAGCUGGUGGUUUGGCUCGCCCUGGUCUUGCACAGCCGUCGACUCUCAAGCUGGGCGGGCUCAAGAAACCAGGUGCUGGCGGCCUUGGAAGCGGAAUAGCCAGCCCGCAGCGCCGGGUCAUGUCACCACCUGUUAGUAACGACGGUGAUGAAGAAGCUGCCGUACCUUCGCCUUCCAAGUUCGCCAUGGGACGAGGUGGGCUUGCCGGUCGCCCUUUGUCUCGCCCUGCCGCCGCUCCUAUGUCACCUCCACCAGCUGCGCCCAUCUCCAAUGGUCUUUCGGCAGUUGAACGUGCCGAACUGGAAGAUUUGCGCGCGGAGAAAGAACGUCUCUUAGCAUUGGCGGAUAGUCUCCGAAGCAACAAUGCAAAGCUGACGGCCGAGAUCACCGAGCUUCAAAACCAAAAUGCGCAGCUGAUAGAGGACCAUACGCGCGACGUACUCCAGAUCAAAGCCAAAGAGACGCAACUGGUACGAGCCCGGGGAGAGUUGGACGUGCUAAAGGCCGAACUCGAAAGCGUGCGCAAGGAAAGCGAGCGAUACAAGCGAGAAGUGUCCAGAUUGGGUCGCGAAAGCAUAGGCCGUGAGAGAGAAGAUCUCAUGCGUGGACGGACCAUGGAUGACGGUUCGCAUUAUGGCAGCAGCGAGACUGCAGGCAUCUAUGAAGACCACCACAACAUGAAUAGCAGAUACGCAGCAGCGGCAAAUGGCGGCUCUCGACCUACGAGCAGUGCAUUGCAUAGGACCGGAAGCACACAGAGUACGCAGAGUACGCAGAGCAGCCGCACGCAGCCUGCAGCAAGACCGCGUCCUCAGAGCGGCUAUUCCGCCAGCCGGAUGGAUACCAACAUGAGUCCCAGCGAGGAGAAGGAGAACAGCAAUGGAUUCGACGCGCUGGCUGCCCGACGCAAGAUCAGUCCACCUGUUCCCAGUGCCGGUAGUGGCAGAAGCAGUCCGCAACGACCUGCUUUUGUCAGCAGAGAAGCCAGCGAUUACUCGAAUACUGGUACCGGCACUGGCGCUGGCAGCGGCACUGCAGGGUCUAAGGAACCAAAGACGGAAGAGAACUGGAAGAGAGCCGCUGAGGUGACGAGUCAGUUGAAGGCUAGAAUUGAGGCCAUGAAGGCACGUCAAGGGUUGACUCGGCAUUGAUAUCAUCGCAAACGUGACGAUACGACAGACGACGAUAUGCAUCGAUACGAAGAACAACACGCAAAGAGACUCAGUGGCGUGCGAAGCGAGGUUUUGACGACAAUAGUAUUUGCUGGUUGGUUGUCAUUGUGCUUUUUCUGGCUGGGCCUGCAAAGCACGCAUUCUGAGAGAUGACAUUCAUGGAGCGGAAAACCAUCGCUCUGGAUCUCCUGCUCGCCCGGUUCUGUGCCUGCAGCUCCGUGCGGUCUGAACAUUGGACAUCUGUGGCUGGUUGCACGAGAUAUCGGCAUCGAACGUGGAUCGAUGUCUACCUGGUCCUCACCGAGUGUCGAGGGAUAAUGGCUGGCGGCGGAUCUCGAUGUUACGCUCAGCGAACAAAACCCCUUUUUCUCUUGCUCUUUCUCCUUGUCUUUUCAUGCGCUGAUACCACGGACCGUUUUUGUUUUGUUGUUUUGGAGUUUUCCUUUUCCGCCAAUGUGUCUUGGGGUGCAUGGCUCAGCGUUUCUUCCUCUUGUUGCACUGGCUAGCGAAGCCCAGGGAGAGGUGCAGUUAAUAAAUCCGAGGGUUGGCGCGGCGCAGUCAAUGCUCAAAGAUUGAUUGAUUGAUUAACUUGUGUUGAAGGAGGGUUCUCCUUUCUAAGCGACACACUCACUGCACAUGAACGGCGGAAGAAUGAGACGAGGCUAGGCCGGGCUGGGCUGGACUACGUGGGGAGGUUGAGUGUAAUGAAUGACCUGCUACUAGCGAUGAAUGUAAACAUAAGAACAGCUGACCCGCUGACCAGCCCGGCUGUCCACAAAUUGAUGAUUGGGUCCAGUGACAGCAGACUUCUGGGAGAGCUUGUUCAUGUUUGUUCCAGUAAUAAAUUAAAUCUUUGGGAAGGGAAGAGAGAGCGUAGCGUUGACGGUGAUCUGAAGGUCCAAGGACUCUAGUACCCAGGUAUAUUAUGCAACUGCAUUGUUGGUUUCGUUUCCCAGUUGUCAAGGC